AUGCCGAUCAAGGAGGAGGGAAAAACCUUUUUCAAGCUAACCAACGAACCUCCUAGAGCAAGGAGCCGUGACACCAAGUGUUGGAGGUGUCAAGGACUUGGCCAUAUUGCUAGCCAAUGUCCAAACCAAAGGACAAUGAUCGUGCUUCCAAACGGAGAGGUAAUAUCCGACGAUGAAGAAGAGUACAAGGAAAUGCCGCCACUAGAAGAGGACGAUGACACCGAAGCGCCUAGCCAUAUCUUACUUGGUAGACCAUGGCAAUUCAAUAGAAGUACCAGCCAUGAUGGUCGAACCAAUACAUACACCUUCCUACACAAAGGAAAAAAGAUCACACUUGCACCACUCAUACCUAAGCAAGUGUAUGAAGACCAAAUGAAAAUUCAACAAGAAUGUGAGAAAAUUGAUGAGCGAAAAAGAGUGGAAAAACAUGAAAGAAAAGAAAGGAGGAGAUUCGUGCAAAAUGAGAGGGAAAAGGCAAUAUAUGGGACGGAUCAUGAGGUAAAACAAGAGGAAAAAAUAUUAUUGAGUGCAAAAGCCAAAGAUGUGAGGAGAGGUUUUCUUGGAGGCCGAACCAUGCUCUUGUUUUACACGAAGGUAGUUUCGAAUGACACUAACAUAAUUGACACUUCAUUGCCUAGUUCUUUUACUAAGCUUUUGCAGGAGUAUGAGGAUGUUUUUCCAAAUGAUGUGCCAAGUGGCUUACCACCCAUAAGGGGUAUUGAACACCAAAUAGACCUCAUACCUGGAGCACCCUUGCCUAAUCGACCCGCAUAUAGAAGCAACCUCGAGGAAACCAAGGAGAUUCAAAGGCAAGUGGAGGAGUUCCUAGGCAAAGGAUGGGCACUAGAGAGCUUGAGUCCCUGUGCUAUUCCAGUCAUUCUUGUGCCAAAGAAAGACGGGUCUUGGAAGAUGUGCACUGGCUGCCGAGCUAUAAACACCAUCACGGUAAAGUAUCGCCAUCCCAUUCCUCGACUAGAUGACAUGUUAGAUGAAUUACAUGGUGCAGUUAUAUUCACAAAAAUUGAUCUGAAAUUUGGGUAUCAUCAAAUUAGAAUUAAAGAGGGAGACAAGUGA